UCUGGUUGAUCAUCCAACUAAAAUUGCCUAGCCUUUUUCAACUUCCAAAGGAAAUCAAAAGUAAAUUUUCAAUUACUUCCUGUCUUUCAAUUAUUAUGUAAAAAAACGUCGACGUUGUCUUAUCAUUAUCCAAAUGCAUUGAAGUCCAAAAAGGUUUUGAUGAUUUAAAUACGUUGACGUAUCGUUUCAUUACAAAACAAAUUACUAACGGAAAUGGAGGAAAAACAGGAACAUAUUAUAGAUCCAGCUCUUGCUGGUGAUAUUGAUGGUGUUAAAGAUGUGAUAUUUAAGGUGAUUUUUAAUAAAAAGAAACACGAUGUUAGCUUUCCCUUGGAUGCCACAAUUGCUCAGUUAAAGGAUCACUUGCACACCAUCAUAGGUGUACCAAAAGAAAUGCAGAAAGUCAUGGUUAAAGGACUUGCCCAUGAUCAAAAAUCUUUAAGAGAUUCUGGAAUUGUUUCAGGAUCCAAAGUCAUGGUCAUAGGAUCAACAUUCGAUGAUGUUCUAGCUGUGUCUCAUCAAACUGCACAAUCAAUUCCCGAAGAUAAGGUAAAACCAAGUGUUACCAAAGAGCCAUUUUCUCAGCAAAAAAUUCACAAAAAGAUUUUGGACAAAGGACCACCAGAAGAUGUAAUGCCUGGUGUAAAGAAUGUGAAGGAAGCAUUACCACCUCAUCCAUUGUAUGGAAUGUGUAGUCGUGGGAAAGUGAGACUGACUUUUAAGAUGGAAAAUGACCAGAUUUGGAUAGGAACAAAAGAAAGAACGGAAAAAAUCAGCAUGUCUACAAUCAAAACCAUUGUCAGUGAACCAAUAGAAGGUCAUGAAGAAUACCACAUACUUGGGAUCCAGCUUGGUCCAACGGAAGCAUCAAGAUAUUGGAUAUAUUGGAUACCAUCCCAGUUUGUGGAUGCAAUAAAAGAAACCAUUUUAGGAAAAUGGCACUAUUUUUAAUUUAAAAAAUAUGGCCCUUUUCCUGAAGUUGUCAAUUGUUUCAAAUGCUAUUUAAGACUGCCUCUGCCAAUAAAAAUUGAUGGUGUGGGCGCGUGAAA